CACCAGCUUAAACUCAGAGACUACAGGACAGUGUUACGGAAUUUCUCUCAGAUACCACUGUCAGAGGUUGCAGCGAGUCAUUUGGUCUUGUAUCUACAUCUCAAACUCUUUGGUUGUGAUUUGCAAAAGGAAUAGAAGUAUUGGAUGUUGCAUUAUUCCACAAUUAUGGGAUUGUUAACAAAUAUUGGAGUUACGUAUGUUAUAAUACAGGCUGCUGUGAUAUUUGCUAUUAUUCAUGAUGGGGCAUCAGAACGAUUCUGCAACGGAACUUUUACAUCUAAUUUUACCACGCAGUGCAUGGCUUGUGUCCGCAAUAAGGACGUGGAGUGUCCGUACAAUGCAACUAAGCUGACCACUGGGAAGGGGAUGGCCGACUGCAUGUACAUCGUGACACUCGGCGGGUCCAAGAUUGUACAGCUGGCAGGCUGUCAUCACCUGUGUCAUCGCACGGAGAUCUCUGGCAAGUGCUGCCCAGGGUACUGGGGCCCACAGUGUGAAGAGUGUCCUGGCGGCGCCGACAACGUGUGCAGUGGUCACGGCCUGUGCAGUGAGGGCUUCGAUGGGAUUGGCACUUGUGACUGUGAUGAGAAUUUCACUGGUACAGUGUGUGAGCUGUGUGCCAACAAUACGUUCUAUGGCCAAAACUGUACUGAAGAGUGCCAGUGUGGGAAUGGUACAUGUAACAGUGGAGUGUUUGGAGAUGGAUCAUGUGACUGCUUUAGCGGCUUCACCGGAGACUACUGUGAUAUCAAUAUUUUCGGUUGUGAGAACAUGACGUGUGACAAUAACAGCCGAUGUCAGGAGAUUGAGGGCAACACCACCUGUGUUUGUGACCAUGGUUAUGAGGAAAGAGACAAUAAGACAUGUUCUCCCAUUGACAACUGUGUGGAGUCCCCCUGCCACGUGUACGCCUCGUGUACCCCUACUGGCCCGGCUGAACAUGAGUGUAGCUGUAACUCAGGGUAUUCAGGCGACGGUGUCUACUGCGAGCCCAUCAACCCCUGCCAGGUGGACAAUGGGGGAUGCGUGGUCCUCAAGUCAGUCUGCAUGUACAUGGGACCAAACAGGAGUGCCUGUGACUGUAUGGCAGGGUUUGAGAAUUAUGUCCCAGGCUAUGGGUGUUCUCUGAUUGAUAUUUGCUCCUCUGUGAGUUGCCACAAGAACGCCACCUGUAUCACAGUCAGCCCCAAUGCUAUUGAGUGUACCUGUAACGAGGGUUUCGUGGGAGAUGGCCAGGAGUGCUACGGGAACAUUAUGCAGCGCCUUGAGGAUCUGAAUGAAAAUGACCCUGACUUGAAGAACCAGUUGACGUUUGCGAUGGAGAUGCUGAACACCGGCUACAGGGACGCCCUCACACUACAGGGUCCCUUCACCAUCUUCGUCCCCGCAAGCCAGGGCUUCAAGAGCGUCUUCAAAGCUUCUACUUUUGAGUCCUUCCUGGCUAACAGGGACAAGGUUCGGCAGAUAAUCCGCCAACACAUGAUCAUUGGUCAGCUGUCUCUGGACGACCUGCAGAACCACACGGACUAUUUCACCCUACAGGGCGUCCCCCUCACACUGAGUCUCAGAGCGAGAAGUGAGGUGUUCAAGUACCGACUCCGAGGCCAGUCCGACAAGUCGAAGAUCCUGAAGGGAGAUCUGGUGUGUGCUAAUGGCAUGAUCCACAUCACCAACUCUCUCAUCACCAUGGAGCCAGAGAUCGUGGGAGAUCCUGAGAAAACUGUGCUGGAUAUGAUAAACCAGGAGGGGAGGUACCGCAGAUUCCAGUCCCAUGUUCAGAGGCUGGGACUGGAGAGUCUGUUUGAGGCAGGCAACGUGACAGUGUUUGUCCCCAACAACCGGGUGUGGGACGAUCUGCCGGAAGGCACCGUGGAAUACCUCAUGUCUUAUGACGGAUUCCCUACUCUAAGGAAAAUCAUGGAAAACCAUAUAUUCCCCGGAACGACGCAUGUCGCUGAUUUGAUCAAUAAAAGGCGAAUCAUCUCCCUGUCUAACUCUGCUGUCAGUAUAGGCAUCAGACCCACCGGCCUGAUACAGUUGAACGGCAAUGUGAACAUCUCGCAGGCUGACAUUACCUGCAGGAACGGCAUCUACUACCACAUCGAGAGUCUCCUAGUGCCUGCUGACAUGGGGGACGUGCUGCCCAAACGCUGCGAUGUCAGGACCUUCCGAAUUGUUCGGGGUUCCUGCGAUGUGUGUUAUGGUGACCUUAAAUGUCCACUACCAACAGAUAAACCACUGAAAACUGUUAUAAGUGGAUGUCGCUACUGGGUGAAUAUCGAGGGACAGUAUGUGGCAUAUGUUGGAUGUGCUCGCAUGUGCAACAGGACAUACACGAGGAAACGAUGUUGCCCAGGUUUCUAUGGUGAAGACUGUCAGUCGUGUCCAGGGGGCUUCCAGAGGCCAUGCAAUGGGAGGGGCAAGUGUUUUGACAGUCGGUAUGGCAAUGGUACAUGUUUCUGUGAGAAAAACUUCAGUGGACUAGCCUGUCAGAACUGUGCUGGCAUCGAGACCUUCGGCCCCAACUGUUCACAAAAGUGCAGCUGCCUCCAUGGUGACUGCGACGACGGAACUCAGGGAACAGGAACCUGCAGGAGCAACUCCUGUUUUGAGGGGUUUGUGGGGGACAACUGCGACCGCCGCCUAACAAAGUGUGGCCCCUACAACCAGCUGUGUCAUGCUUACUCCCAGUGUUUCCAAGAGGGAGAAACCUUCGGGUGUCUGUGCAAGCCAGGGUACGAAGGAGAUGGAUUGAGUUGCCAUGAGAUAGAUCCUUGCGCCAAGGCAGAUCGAGGAGGGUGCCACUUGCAGGCAACAUGUACAAAGGUCGGCCCGGACAUGCCCAGGUGUGAGUGUGAUGAGGGGUGGGUGGGUGACGGCUUCAACUGCCAACAAGAAAACCCAUGCAUGCGCCAGGGCGACUGUGGGGGAAACGCCACCUGCAGGACCAUCACUGUCGGCCAGUACCACUGCAUAUGUGAUGAUGGCUAUUUCGGCAAUGGGUCUGUCUGUUCUCCCACAAACAGCUGUUUGUCCAACAAUGGAGGGUGCCAUGCUAAGGCAUUUUGUUUCUCAGUGGGGGCUGGGCUCAACAACUGCUCGUGCAUGCGUGACUACGGCGGCGAUGGCUACUCUUGUUACUCAAGCAUCUCCCAGGAAAUCCUGGACCAUCCACGACUCACAGUCCUGGCCAGUCUCUUGAAGAUUAUUGACUCUGACGACAAUUUCCUUAAAGAUCGAAGUGAGAACUUCACAGUGUUUGCACCAACCAAUGAUGCCUUGGACAAUUUCACUGCACUCUCCCCAGAGGGCUAUUUCAAGAACCCAGAAAACGUCCUGACCAUGUUAAGGUUCCACACUAUGGAGAAUGCCUACACCACCUACAACCUGCUGCAGCUGUCCAAGGCCUACCCCAGCUUCAGCACCCUGUAUGAUGGCUACUCCAUCAGGAUCUCAGCUAAGAACCAGACAAUCCUUAUAUUCAACUCACAAACAUCCACAUCAACUGUAUCCACGGGCAACAUCCCUGCACUGAAUGGCUACAUCCAUAUAGUUGACAAGGUGCUCGAACCCUUCCGCCCGGAAUCGGACCAGCCAGACCUGGAUGAGUUCUUCUCCCAGAAGUCAGACUACUCACUGUUUUACCAGUACCUCAGUAAAUUUGGCCUUGUGUCUGAGCUGGAGGACAUGGAUCAGUACACUCUCCUGGCGCCCACCAACACAGCUCUGCUGCAGAAGGAGGGCACAGUGACGACUAAUUUCCUCAAAUACUACAUGAUCCCCAAGAUGAUUCUCACACCAGCUGUCAUUAAUGGGCAAAGGGAGGAAACACUUCUUGGCAAGGACUUCCCGCUGCAAUUUACUGUCAAGAAUCAACAGGUGUAUGUGAAUGGGAUCCUGAUUGUGAAGGAUGACCUGCUGACCAGCGGGGGCGUGAUACAGGGCAUCACCCAGCUGCUACACCCCCAACUGAGUCGCUGCGAUGACAAGGAUGUGAACACCACACGGGGUCCCUGUACAUCCUGUAGGGCAGCAAACAUCACCUGUCCCCAAGGCUACACCCCGGUGGAGGGGGCGGGGCUUGUCAAGUUCCAGUGCACGUACAGUGUGAGUGGGUCUGCUGGUCAGACCUACAACUACCUCGGCUGCCAGGGCAUGUGUCAGUCAGUGAAGGUGACACCUGCUUGCUGCUCAGGAUACUUUGGAAGCGAAUGUGCAGAAUGCCCUGGUGGACCGGAGACCCCGUGUUACGGCAACGGCCUGUGUAUGGACGGUGUGGAGGGGUCAGGGGAGUGCAAGUGCUUCCCCCAAUUCCGUGGGGAGGACUGUGGGUCAUGUCUGGAGGGACUGGCUGGACCAGGCUGUAAUGUCUCAAUUAAAAGCUGUGACUACCAGAACGGGAACUGCAGCGAGAAUGCUCAGUGCUCCAGGGUCGGAGACAAGGUCACGUGUCGGUGUAACGAUGGGUACAUUGGAGAUGGACGCAUAUGUUAUUCCCCGUGUGACAACCAGAACGGGAAGUGUCAUGAAUACGCUUCUUGUCAAUAUGAUUACAAAACCAUCAACUGUACAUGCUAUCCUGGUUACCAUGGUGACGGACAUACAUGUAUCCAUACAAUCAACGCAUGUGCGAGAAACAAUGGAGGGUGCUCUCCCUUUGCCCACUGCCUCUACACUCCACCAGCAGUGACACACAUAACAAACGGAACCGUAUCGUGUAUAUGUCUGAAUGGCUACGUUGGUAACGGGACGUGGUGCAACAGAGAUGCCUACGAUACACUGUCGUAUCUCCCCUUUACUCUGCGCUUCUUUGAGAGUCUGGAAUUUGUCAACUCAGAUCCGUCUGCCCAGAAUUUGACAGAUUUACUGAAAGAUCGGUUCCAGUCUAUCACAGUGUUUGUUCCAGUCGAUGAAUCUAUCAUUGAUCUUGAGAUGCUGAGCCUUCGGGACCUGAAUAACCAUGUUGUCAACAACACACGUGUAUAUCUGAACGCAUCAGUGUCCCUCCCUCUAACUGUUGAGUCGUUAGAUGGUCAGCCCCUGGUCAUCACACGGAAUGGGUCGUAUUAUCAAGUGAAUGGUAUCAAGAUCGUAGACGCAAACAUCCAGACUCUGAAUGGCUACAUCCACCUCAUACAGCGCCCCCUAUGGGCUGACGAAGACAAUAAACCUGGGGUGAAAACCGACACAACCACCACAACAAAGGCAGGGACCGGCCGGAUCGUCGGACCAGUCGUUGGUGUUCUCCUCAUCCUCAUCAUCAUCACGAUCAUCAUCGCCGUGCUGGUGUAUCGGAGGACGAAGGUCACCGGGUUCAUGGAUGUCUGGAGGAGAUUGAGAAAGGGAUCAGACAGCAGUUUAUCGUUUGCUCGCCUCCAGGCUCACCAGGGCGACAGUGACUCAGGAACCUUCCAACAGGCCGACAACAUCAACUUCCACAACCCCCUCUACAGCAGCCGCGCCAGCGAUGACAGCUGAGAUGGAGGAGAAUUGGGAUGCGAAGACUUUCAGUAUUACAGAGUUGAGCCAACCCCUGGCCAGAACAGAGACUGUCAAGCAGUAGCAGUGGUUAUUGAUAAUACUACUCCACACAUGAUAGGGAUACUGAGAUAGUUCACAGUGUCGUAACGUGACGAAAAAAAGGGAUUGAUGUCAGAUUCUAAACCAAGUUCCCUUGGCCGGAAAUUAGGGGGGUGGGGGGAAUAAUUAUUUUCCUUUCAAAUUGGGAUUUCUCAAAAGUUCUUAAUUUCCUAAAUUCUGGGUUAUUUUAACAUAGCAAUAUUUCCAGUUUCAGACUUUUACUGCCUGACUUGGAGCAGAAUAUUGGCCUCUUAGCGGGUCUAGAAAACACCCUGCCUAAGUUCCAGGUUAAUAUCAAAGACUAUUUGUAUGACAACAUAUCCAAGCAGUCACAUUCUCCCUAUCCCUAUUGAGUAGUAUAUUUCAAGAUUGCAAGAGUCACUGACUUGUGACACAUCACUAACUUCCUGUCAAAUUAUGUAAGGCCAAUAAUGUGUGAAAUCAAAUUCUGCCGAGAGUUUGUUGAGAGUUAGUAAGCAUAUUGUUUAACCUUGUGUAACCUAUUGUCCUGUAGUUUAUCCUGUAUAAUUAUAGUCUUUUCACAUUGUAUUUUUUCUCCACUUUUCACUUUUUUAGGUUAUAUGAUUUAUUUAUUUUCGCCACACUCAGCAAUAUUCCAUCUAUAUGACGGUGGUCUGUAAAUAAUCGAGUCUGGAUCAGACAAUCCAGUGACUGAUAUCAUGUGUUCAUAUGUUCACCAUUUUCCAUGUGUUUGUCAUGUGUGUCAAAGUACCUUGAUCAUGGCUUCAUCUGAUAGGCAUUGUCCCAAUGUGUUGUUGAUAAAAACAAAUAUUUCGAGAUGCGGCCUUCCACUGUCAACAUGUUUUAACUAUGCAAUUGGCUAAAAAAAUACAAAAAAGUACGAACCCAUAAUUAUGUUCCCCUAACUUUGGUUGUUACGGACAGACCAGUGUACUUUUAUUGUCAAUAGGCAGAGGGCGAAUUACAUUAAAUGAAACAUUAUGUUGCCACGGAUGAUUUCAUGUUAGUUUUCCUUACAAAAGUCUUGACAUAAAUCAAUAACAAAAUAUGUAAGAAGAUUUUCAAAAUCAACAUGUUUUCAAUCAAGCACAUGUUGCGCAGCAGUGUUGGCAUUGCGAUUCGUUUUGUAGAGUUGCCUCCCUUAGAUGCACCAGCAUCUGUCUUGUUUGUCACCAUACCCUUCCUCAUGGGUUUGACCAAAGUGGUGAAAAGCGUACAUGACUUGUGUCACCCACAUCAACCGGAGACACCUUGACUUAGAACUCAGUUCAAAACUCACUCAGUGAUUCAGAUAUAGCACAAAUGUGAGUGUGUGUGCUUCAUUCUGAUUGGCUAAACAACCAUAGUUAAAUAGCAACUGAAGUCUGAAAAUCUUCUCGAUAUUCAUGGCAUGUCAAUAAGUACCGUACAUUAAUCAUUUUUUUCCCUAAGGCACAAAAAAGUAUUCUGCCUGAAUUUGGAAAAAAAUUGAUUUUGAUUGGUCAGUCAGAGGUUUCAAAUCACAAUAAAUCCCAUCUGAUAGAAACAGAUGAUUUGAUGGCUGUAUCAUCACAGAAUCUAAUAUUUUUUAGAAUAGUUUUGACAGUCAUUGUUGGUUGGCAUAUAUAGAUAAUUAUAUGUACAAUUAUAGGUCACAAAAUGCAAAGUUGCUGUUACUACGAUAUUCAAAGUGAGUGAGUGAGUGAGUGAGUUUGGUUUUACGCCGCUUUUAGCAAUAUUCGAGCAAUAUCACGG